AUGAAACUUCUACUGGUCCUGGCAUUGGCUGUAUUCAUCGCCCACGUGGCAGUGGCACAAACUAGUGAGAAUUCCUCUUCUGAGGACGAAUCUGUAGAUGAUACUGCCGAUGAUACUGCCGAUGACACUGCCGAUGAUACUGCCGAUGAUACUGCCGAUGAUACUGCCGAUGAUACUGCAGAUGAUACUGCAGAUACUACAAAUGACUCCGAAGAUAAUACUUCAGUAGACGACGGAGCUGCUGAAGACGAUACCGGAAGCAAUACUGAUACCGAUAGUGGAAACGAUUCUGAUGACGGCAGUUCUUCUGAUAAUGACGACUCCGAAAACGAGGUAGCCCCUGCUGCUUCGAAAACAAAAAAAAAUAAGAGAGGUAACGGGCGCAAAAAUAAUAGAAAUAACAAGAAAAAGUCAACACCCAAACGACGUAACGCCAGCGCUGCGAAGAAAAACAAAAAACAGGCGUCUAGGAAGCGAGCACCUGUUGCCGCCAACAAGAAGCGGACAAAUGCUGUGGCCAACAAGCGCAGGCGCUCCGGAUAAAUCCAACUUACAUUACCAUACUCAAAAAUUAUGAAAAUAUUAAUGGUGUCUUUAGACAUCUUUUAAUAAUAAAAAAAAUACAUGUUUUA